UUUUUAUUCACCUCUGCAAUGCUUCAGUUCAGAUCGCUGAGUGCUUGCUACACAUAGGCCGUUGUUUCAGUGUCUCUUUUUUAUCCUCUUCUUCUGUUCGCCGUUUUUUUCCAUAUUAUUUACGUAUCACAAAGUGUUGAAACCUAACAUUUCAGUCGGCGCACAUGUGUGAGCACGGCCACAAUGGAUACGAGAAAAAAAAAAAAGAAAUAAAAAACAAAAAAAUAACACAAAACUCACCGUCGAAAAGAAAUGACACAUACAUUUACCAUCUGAGGAAAAUAACCAGGCGAAAAAUAAUGUAUCAAAAGGUGAAUGUGUGUAGCAUUUUUUGUUGUUGUUGUUGUUGUUAUUGUAAUAUUUUGUCUAUCCAUUUCGUGCCUCUAAAUAGAGGUAAACAAACUAAUGGGCACAGCUCAACCACCAUACAAUACGCGCUUAAAGUGUUUGACGAUUUAAUACGCCAAAAAGGUACUCGCCUCGCAUCGUGGAUUGAAUUGUGUGCACAAUCAUCAUAGUCCAUGGCAUAGAGAAUAAUAUGCAGGGAGAGCGACAGUGUGAGCAAGAAAGCAAAAUAAAAACACACACACAACAGGCACACAACAACCCAAAUGAAAACUAAUGCACACACAAUUUGAUGUGGCCAAGAGAAAGAGAGAUACAUGUAAUUUAAAGACAAGUCAAGGGUUUCCCAUUCGGUCAUAAUCAGGUUCCGUGCACUAAUGCAGCAAAUGCGAACAGCCACAGCCGCAGCAGCAGCAGCAGCAGCAGCAGCAGCAGCAGAGGCACAAACGGGCGGAAAAACAAUAACAACCACAACGGUAAAUUGAGUAUGAAACAUUGAUGAGUGUGUGUGGAGGUGUACAAACAAUGUUUGAGCACGGGAUAUGCUAUCGAACGAUUGAGAGUGAACGAACAUACGAUUGCGUGUAACAGCAAUGUAUUGUGCACAAGAUGCCUAGCAGGUGUAAUAAAACAAUAACAACAACAAAAACUGUAGCCCAACGUUAAAAUGUUAUGUGUUUGGUUUUUUUUUCCUCCUCGCUCUCUUUCUCUCCCAUUUUUUUUUUCAUUUCGUGUGUGAGAGACGAAGACAAGCAUUUCAGUAUGUAAUGCACAUUUCGUUUGUAGUCAUCUGUCUAUAUCUGUGCGUGCACAGGACAUUUGAGCGGGAGAGUUGAGUUGCGCGCGCGCGUCACAUUUCCCAUUUGUGCCCGUUGUCAUCAUACUCACAAUAUUGUAGUGAUUCUAUCUAGUGUGUUAAUGUACUCGCUCGAUAUGCAUAUGCACACUCGAUGUUUUCGUGCAUUUUCAAUAUCUGUUUGGUCGAAUCAAAUGGUUUGCUUUAUCCUUUUAACCGUUCAAUACGUACAUUGUACACACAACGAAUAUGUGGAUAUGAAUAUCGCGCGCCUGCAAUCGAGACAACGUGCAAUUCAUCGCACGAAUGCACCACACAGCCAAAUGAAUUCAUAAGUACUGUUGUCGUUUUCAUUUCUCGUGAGUCAUCACUCACACUAAUCAUCAACAAUAGAAAUUCCAAAAAAAAAAUGUUUCUUUUUUUUCAUUAAAUUCAUCCGUGUGUUGCUUUUUUUUCCCUCCUCCAUCGUUUCCUUCUUAAUUUGGCGUUUUUAUUUUCUACAUUUUCAUUAUUCAGCCUCUUAGCCAUUCCAUUUGUCUCACUGUGUGUAUGUCAAAUGAGCGACAGAGAUCACGCAAAUGAUGAUCUGAGAUCCAUGUGUCUUUUUUUUUAUCUACACUUCUGUACGUUUAAAUUCUACCUCAUUUUCUGUUGGUUCGUCUGUUGUUUGUUCCGAAUGAAAUGAAUUUCGUCCUGGUUCCUUGCACACAUCUCUCAAUUGUGAGUGCGCGGGCUCGCUACGUUUUUUUUUUUUCAUCGUCAUUUCUUCAUUUUUUUCUCUCUUUUAAUUUCUUUGUUUGCCUUGUCUUGUCCAUUUGUGCACUUCUCACCAUCCAAUAUGUUCGGUUUGGCUCGCAUUCACGUAUUGUUUCAAUGUUUCAUUAUUAUUAUUAUUAUCGUUUCGUGUCGUUUUUUUCCUUCACUACUCUCCUCCGUAUUCCUCGUUCGUUUUACUUCUUUUUUUUUCUUCCAUCGUCUAUAAAGUUAUCGAGGUGAGCGAAUAUAAAAUGCAUGUAAAUAAGUGUGUGCAUGGUCGUCACAAGCCAGUGCACAUGCCAGAGGAAUAUUAUUAUUGUGCAGAUAUAAUACAUUAGGAUAGUUCUUCGUCUCGAUCUUUUCGGUUUGUAACAAUAGAGCAGCCAGAAGGAAUUAUAGCCAAAUGAGAAGAACGAAAUAAAAAUCGUUAAUGCGGCGAGAGAGUGAGACUGAGUGUGUGUCUGUGUGCUGGCGUAUUUUUUCCCUUUUAUGUUUUUUUUUUCUUCUUCUUCGAUUAGUUGAUGCGUCUGCGCGCCAAAAAUAAGCAUCUUAAGCACACAAAUGAGAACAUAUAACCGAAUAUAAUGAAUAUAUAAUGUACUCCUACUGUGUGUUACAUACUUCAUUGGUCCGAAGCCUUUUUUUCUCUGUUCCACGCUCUCGCUCUCUCUCUCUUAGUCUCCCUGUCUCUCUCUCCUUUCUCCAUUUUUCGACCGAAAUGCUCACCAGCAGAGAAGAUAUAUCUGGCUUCGCAUGGAUAAAGCUAAUAUAUGUGUACAACCGAGUCAAAGAGGUAGAUCGAGUGAUUCACAUUUGCGUCAUGGCCGCCCCAUCCACACAAACAUUUCGCUAUUUUUUUCAACGAAAAAUUUCUGCCAAGGGAAUUUCGUUGUUUUUUUUCGUUGAUGCCUUUCCAUCCAUUCCCAUAUGGAAACAAAUACAACGAUAAAAAAAAAUAUAAAGAGAAGAGCUAUAAAAAUGGACAAACAAAUGCCGCGCAAACCAAAUCACCGGAACAGCAUUAAUGAAACCUCUUUCAUUAAUUGCUUCCAAUGUAUGCAGGUCCUAACAGACAGAUUAAAUUUCUGCUGCACUGAAACAAAAUUACAUUGUAUAACUUUGAAAGAGAAAAAAAAGCUUGAUGCCUCGAUGAUGUAGGCUCUCCGAAACGGCUUUGUCAUUAUUUGCCUUCAAUGCAACCUUUUCGAUGACGAAACUUUGUCAAAUUGAUCCGUUUUGACGGUGACACAUGAUGAACUUCAAGGGGAAAUUGAUCUAUCGCAGUGUAAAUAAGUUGACUCAGUGUUAUCAAUCGAUUCGCUGAACUCAAAACGACAAGCUCUCGUUCGUGAUCACCAAGUGCCCUCACAUCACAUAACACAGAGGGGAUUUUGUCCGUCAUUUUCUCACUCUCUUAGCGAACAAUUUGCUGCUCUCUUAUCAAAUUAUUGGUUGGGUAUCAGGCGGGUAUUAGUUGUAAAUCUAUUUAUUUAUUCUUUUUUUUUCCAUGGCGCGCAGCUUGCCCGUGCUUUUUUUUCAAUUCCUAUCAUCGUUCAUUUCGUUUGAGAUAAGUAAAGAGUAUUUACACAAUUAAUGGAAAAAUUGAUAAGAAUCGUGUGUUUCGAUUUAUCUGCGCGCGUUCGAUGUUUUUUGGUUUCCGUGUAUUGAUGGAAAAUGCGGCUCAUAUUUUAUCUUCAAAUCGAUCACAAGAUGAGUCAAGAAUAACACAAAUCACUUCGUGUGACGCAAAAACCAAUAUCUAAAAAUAAAGAUAAAGAAUAGGUAUUCUCUACAUUUGGCCGCCAAAGUUCACAUUGAAUUUUCAUGUCAACGGAAAUGUUUCGAUAGAAACAACGCGCUUCAAAAACUCGUGAUGACGAUUCUAUUUAAAGACGAAAUCCCCGAAAUCGACAAAUGGUUCGAAAGGCCAAUCGUAUUCGUGCAACAUCUCGUCAGCCUAUGAAAUGUGCGCAAACACAAACUAACGCAUUUCCCAUCUCUCUUGGCUUCGAAGCAUUUCUAUAGAAUCGUCAAAUCCCACGCUUGAAUGGACCAAUCAGACGAUGUUAUGCGCUCAAAUAAGAUUUGAGUAGGAAUCCAAUGACUAUUCAAAUCAUCGUUCAGCUGCCGAGAAGAGAGAUGAAAAGCACAAAACAGAAAUGCUCAAACGACUGUGUGGCAGUUUUCGUUGCUGCUGUUGUUGUUGUACAUUGUCGUGGCAUUGACACCAACACACAAGCAUAUGCACGGUGUGCUGCGUAGUUGCAGAUAAUGUAGAGAGAAUACAGCGAGCAAGAGCGACAGCUGAACAGCAGCAGCAGCAGCAGCACUGCAACGAUGAACGGAGAGCGCGCGAACGUGUGAAUACAACACGAAUGUUACGUUCGGUAACCACCCACAAAACGCAGAUUCAGAUAGUUGUCUCUUUCGGUUGUCUCCAUUUUGAAGCUGCCUUUUCUCUCUGCUUUCGUGAGCUGUGCUCUGCUCUGUUCUGUGCAUGUACAUAUUGCACCCGUACGACUGUUGUGUUUGCUUGUUCCUUUUUCGUUCAGAGCACGUAUCUCUCUGGUUGUUAUAAGCAUACUUGGGUCCUGUGCUCGCCCAGCACACUUCAUAUAUAUGUAUCGCACCUGAAGACCGUUGUAUCUCUGCUUCGCCCAUAUACAAUGAGAGCAGUUCUGCGCAAACUGUUGUUGUAUUCUAAUUCUCUCGUUUCAUCGAUGUUUUCUUCUGCCUUUUUUCGGGGAUUUUAGCCUUCAUUUUGUUUUUUGACUGGCAUUUUUAUGUUUGUUCUUCGCAAUUUGCAUUGUUUUUUGCACACAUUGAUUUCGUGAUUUGCAAGCAAAAUCAAAUCUCAAACCAAAUUCAUGCAUUUUUAUGUGGAAAACCCCAAAAAAAAAAUUUUUUUCUGGAAUUCAACCAUCAGAUUCAUUUGAAUUCAAGCUUUUGAUUUCGAUUCACUACUUAGUCAUUGAUUGUAAUGGCCCAGAAAUUGUUCAUCUACACUUUUUGUUUUCUUUAUUGUUUCCCGUUUUGUGGACGAUUCGUUCUGGUUUUGUUUUCGUCAUUGUUCAUGCAUAAAUCAAAUUUUUUGGCUCGUUUUUAUGAAUGUAUGUGUGUCCAUCCAGCACACGAUGGAGGUUUUGUAAGAAAUUGAUGAAACUCACUUGUUCAGCAAAAUUCGAAAUGAAUACGAAUUUAAUAUGGUUAUAAUAUACCAAAGUUGCGAAAGACGACAAGUAAAAGAAAACGAACGAAUGAACAGAAGAGAAAAAAAACUUGGAAGCAAAUGCACACAAGAAAUACUCCAUGUAUAACAACAACAGCAGCAACAACGAAAAAAAAAACACAAUGUUGAAACAAUAUUUGAACGAAACAAAAGUGUCGAUCAUCGGCAACCAAAGUAUAAUUUGAUGCUUUUGAUUUCAUUACACUUAUGCAUACCCGAACAAGGAAAAAAAAAUGCGCGCAACUACACACAGAUACAUACAUACCACCAUGAGCAAGAGAAACAAGUUAACAGUAAAAAACAAAAGUGCCGAUUCAGUGUAUGCAGAGCUCAUAAUUCGAUUUGGUGAGUGAUUCAACCACAAACAAUUAUGCCGUGUGUACUGGACAGCAUUUAUAUAAGGUGCACACGUUUGCCGCACAAACAUUCAUAUUUCGAUGGAUUGUAACAAUUUUCUUACGAUUUGCUUGCUACGCUUUGGAUUUGCGUUGUGUUGUGUUUUUUUUCUCUCUCUCUCUCGUCUCUCUUUCCUUUUCAUUUCAUUCGUUCGUUUCGGUUUCUCCCGCUGUUGGCAUUGUCUCUUAUAUACCUUUGCUGCAAAACUCAAUUCACAUGAUCGCAUCACCACCACCGUUCGUCACCCAUUUUCUCAAUUAUGCUGUUUGCGUUGUUGGCGCUGUAGAUGGAAAACCACCGAAAAAAAAACGAACAAAAUGCGGAAUAAUGAGAAAAUGGAAUUUCACAAUCAUUUUCUCCCUAUCUCGUCCACCCGUAAUGGAUUUGUUUUGCUAUGUGCGGUUGCCUGGCAACAGUUCAAUGUAAAAAUGUAUAAAUAUAUACAUAAACCAAAUAAAAUGUACAUGUAUAUAGAGUGAGUGAGAGCGAGUGAUGGCGAGAAAAGUGCACAACUGUACAUAUUUGUUAUUUUUCUUUCCAACUUCCAUCGCGCUUCACGUUGGAUGUCAAGUCCUCCGAGAAAAAAAAAAUAACACAACCCAAAAGACAAAUAUAAAUAAUUCAAUGUGUAGGUACACAACAUAAUCUAAGCCAUGAUGACGAUGUGAAUAUCACGGGGACGACAGAAAAAAAAAGAGUGGAAGGAGGGCGCAGAAUGAACAGAAUGAAAAAAAAAAUGGUUGGCAUGAACGACCAAACGAACGGGAAAACACGGCAUUCAUUUAAUGUUUCCAGCAUAUUGUGCAGAUGUGAAAUUUCGUGAAGAAAGCAAUUUUUCUACCGUUGUGUUUGUACAUGUAUAUUCACAUUUUUUCGCUUCGGAUUGCGGUGUUUCUGUUUCUCUCGCUCACUAUUUCCAUCCGUUUGGUUCUCGUUUUCAUGCCUUUCGCCUUUUUUUAUAAUUCAGCGCACUGAGCGUGCGGGUGUAGGUGUGUGCUUAUGAGUGUGAGUGAGUAGAUUUUAUUUCAAAACGUAGAUGAAACUGGAUAUUAUUAUUCUGAAUAUAGAUAAAAAAAAGCACACGAGAGAAUAUAAAAUCAAGUAAUAAAAGGGGAGAAAAACGAAAAUGAAAAUGAAGGUACACGAGAGAGAGAGAGAGAGAGAGAGAGAGCGCGCGCGCGUGUACACGAGGACUCGCGCUGAGCCAAAACGAAAAACGGUGAGGAAUGCAUUAUGUAUAUAUGUACACAUGGAGCAGAGCUGAGUGAGAGAGAAAGCAUGCAGAGCAUGGGUGAAAAAAAAGUGUAGUAUACAGAGUGACGAGAACGCGUUCGCGUUUAAGGUAGAAAAAUCGUGCACACACGAAAUAACAACCAGAGGAACAACGGAGCCUUGUGCUGUUUGUUACUUCCAUAAAACUUCGUCCGAGUGUGAGAGAGAUUUUUCUCUAUAUCGCCAUCACUCCGCCGAUUGUGUGUGCCACACCCAAAGUCGCACAUUCGAUGAGCAUUUCGAGCACAGAACAUCGCCAAUACGACGACACACAAAUUGUAUCUUCGAUUUUUAUUUUCUCUUCGUUGUUGCUGUUCAUUCGCUUGCUGCUUCUUUUUUUCUUUCGUUUCUUCCUAUCUGCUCUGUCUCUCUUGUGAUUCCACCAUCGGAUAUAUAUUUUUUUUUCCGCGUAGUUUUGUUGUUGCCAUUGUUGCGGCUUGGUUUGUUGGUUUCGCUUCGAUUUUUUCCAAGCGAUAACAAAUGAUUUUGCUCUGCUCUCUUAUGCUUUGCCUUUCUUUUCGUUCAGUCUCUAUCGUCCCGUUUCGACUCGGUUCGGAUAAUGAAAUAUUUACCUUGAUGAUUCACAGACAUUGCGUCUAAUGGAAAAAUUCCUAGAAAAGAAUCAUUAUGCAAAAAUUGCUUGUGUGUCGAAUGAAAACGACUUGCGCCCGAGUCACCGAAAUUUUAAUGAGAAACCUGCCAGAAGCGUUGCGAAAACGGAAAGAAGAAAAACGAAACGAAUCAUUUUGAAAGUCAUAAAGUUCCCCAAUCCCAGCCAAAAGAUUGAAAUGGUGUUUUGUUUUAUUUUUCGCUUUAUUCGGAGUACAUGAAGCAGCAUUAAUUCGACUUUUGGGCAAUUUGGGGCGAGAAAAGUAUGUAUUGAGUGUCUUGGCUACUUGUUUCUCCAUUUUCUCCCGUUUUUCUUCUUCGUUGCUCCGCGCUCACGAAACACACACACGAAACACACCAAGAGUUUUUUUCUUCUCUUUCUUUUAUGUGCAAUAAACUGCCCAUCAGCACCAAUCGCUCAUGCCACAUACACAUAAACAUUUAGAUGUAAAUGAAAUGGAUACAUCAAAACUUCGAAACGAAAAAAAGCAACUGAAACACAAAACAACUUUAGAGAGAAACAACAACAACCCAAAGUGUCACUUGAAUGCUAAAUCGGAUUUUCUAUUUCUAUGGCAUCUUAAUUAUUGAUUUUCGUGUAUUACGGUCUCCAAAUGAGACGCGUGUGUAUCAUUUACUUAGAGAGAAAACGAAUGUACAUUCGACUUGUGAUUGGUGGCUUUAGAUACGCUAAACCGUACGUACAUAUCUCGUUUAUGGUAUUGUGUCGUCAAAUGAAGCGAGAGACAGUGAGUGAGAGAGAGAGAGAAAGAUACGCGUUGGAAAUGGACGAGAAAAAAAUGCAUAAUGUGUAGGACAGGGAGAAAACAAAACGGCACUUUGUGUUCAUUUGUAUGCGGUCAUUCGUAUCCAAUACACGCAUCUGAUGCGACGGAAUCGAAUCCAACGGAAAUGAUAAAAAAAAUAACUGACAUUCAGGUAUUCCAAGCGCGUCUUCGAUCGACGUAAUUUGAGAUUUACUGUGAAUGAUUAGUUUUCGUGCUCAUUGAAGAUUUUCUAUAUCAUUUACGCUCUUUUCUUUUCAUUUUGUUUCGUUUUUGUUUCGAGUAGGCGCAUUAAUUGAAGCCCUCCUUGAUAUUUCGAUUCGAAUGCCAUUCACAUCGAUUCGUCCGUUGUGAAUUUGAUACGAAAAACAUAUUCAGCCCGAAUUCAUGUGGAAACGAUGCUGACCAAUGCAUUUUAUUACCAAUCAUUACGAAAUUUGAACGAGAAAUCUUCGUUUUAUUCCAAAAAAAAAUUACGGUUAAGUGCAAAAGACAAGUAGAAAAAAAAGAAGAAAAAUCACACGAAGCAAACAAUAACGACGGAUUUGCUUCAAUAAAAAACAUUCGAUUGUUUUUAAUUAUAAUUUUUGCUGAAGACAUUGCACCCAACAAAAAUGACAAAUAUUCAACAGAAAAACUCAAUUCGUUGUCAAUAAUCUAAAUAAAAUAAUAUAUGUGUAAGCGCGCAAAGCCGCACGAUUUUGCAAUUCUGUGGAAAAAACACGAAAUGAAACAAUCAAACUUAACGUUUCACGACAUCAAUAUAACCAAGACAAAACACACUAUCAUUUCAUCGCAUUUUUGUCGCUUAGCUCAAUCGCUAAGUGUGCCUGUGUGUAUUCCUUCUUAAUUGACAUUUGUUGUUGUUUUCGGUUUGAAUAGCUCGCGCACAAGUCACACGAAGUGUAGAUGAUGUUGCUGAAAAUGAUGAAUCAAUUGAUUUUUUCGAGAGAUAUUUACUUGCUCUUAUCGCAUUGACAAAUCGAACAUAGCGGGAUAUAGAGAAAGAGAGAGAGAGAGAGAGAGAGAGAGAGAGAGAGACGGCGAAACGUGUGCAUUUGUGAUUGUUUCUCGAUUGAGUUAUCACUGAGAUUUCGAUUUCGUAUCGAUUUACAAGCUCUCAAUGAUAUUUAUCAUUUGAUACCUAAUUAUUAUUGAACGCAAAACGAUUAAAUGUUCGCUUGAAAAGCAGCAGAAAAUAAAACUAGAGACAAAUGCACAAGCCUAUUUGGUUGACGUGGUGACGAAAAGGAGAAAAAAAAUUGCAAGAAAACUACGAUUAAAUACUUGGGAAUACGUGAUGAACAAGCAACGACUUUCGACGGCAUCUGAAUCAUCGUCAGCGGACACAAUGGAAACUGAUGAUAAGAUUGAGGUUCCAACUGAUAGCAAUAAAACAAUGACCAGAUCGUCGAGCAUCGAAACAGCAUCGGCGAAAAAGAGUGAACCGUCAUCGGAACGUGAAACACGGCGCACAUCGCAUGAUCGGCGAAAGAGCCGAGGCCACAGUGAAACGGAGUGUAAUGAUGCCGAUAUUGAGGAAAAUGAAACAAAUAACGAUACAUCGAAUGCAAUUGUGCGACGAGAGAAUCUACGCCAAUUGGAAAACAGCAUGAUUUCAUUGCGAAAAAGUUUUCGAUUCGCUGCAAACAAUAAUGAACGUGUAUCGAAUAACAAUAACAACAACAACAACAAUAAUAAUAAUAAGAGCACCAAUAACAAUAAUUGUAAAACAAACAACCAUUCAAAACGGUCACAACGCAUUGGAAGCAAUGAGAACAGCGAUGGCAGCAACGAAAAUACCAAAUCGACACAGUACAGUUGCCCGAUCUGCGGCGUUUGCUCAGCCACACAGCAUGACUUCACCGAACACAUACGCGGCCACAAUAAUUCGGAUGGAAGUCAUAAUUAUACAUGUCAGAUCUGCUUUAAGGUUGUAUCAUCGGCAUCCUCUCUUGAUCGGCAUGUUUUGGUGCACACAGGCGAACGGCCAUUCACGUGCAAAUAUUGCCACGUGACAUUUACAACGAAUGGCAAUAUGCAUCGUCAUAUGCGCACGCACAAACACCGAGAUGGUUUGACAAACAAAGGUGCAGCUUCCGCAGUAACGAGCAACAGUAGCAACAGCAGCAACGACCCCAAUUCAACCGAACCAAAAUCGAGCCAUCGACGCACCGGUGAAACAUACGAGAGCGAUGGAUCGACGGAUUCAAAUGCCAGUGGCUCUGGUACAGAUGGCAAACGAAAGAAUCAUGAUGACAGUUAUUCAUCGAUUGGCAUGAAACGACGUCUAAAAACCAUCAAUAAUAACAAUUUAAUCAAUAACAAUUCGAUUAAUGUUAAUAGCAAUGUUCAGCCUCAACGAUUCUGUUGCCCGGUUUGUGUGCGUAAUGAUUUUUUAACGAUGAUUAGCUUAGAAAAUCAUGUCGAUACGGAGCAUCCAAGCAUUCAGGCCAAGUGCCGUUGCUGUGAGAUCGUGUUCAAGAGUUACAAAGCGCUCAAUGCACACAAAUGCACGGUCAACAAUAAACCACCGCACAUUACGCAAGGCUUCAAGGAUCUCACAUUCGUUGAUUUUUCGAGUGAAAAAUUCCCGCUGAUUGCAAAGGUUGCAUGUGAGAAGAGCAUUCGCACUCCGGUCACUAAUCAAAAAUAUGAAUGUCCACGAUGCUAUCGCGCUUUUCCAUGCUCAAGUGCCGUUGAAAUUCAUGCAUUGAAAUGUGGCGAUUUGAAGCAAUCCGUUUCGCUACGCAAACGAGCUUUGUCCGAGACAUCUGAUGAGGCUGACAACCGUCGACGUGACGAUUUCUUCGCUCACUUGGAUUUGAAGAACAAACAUGACGAUUUGAACGAUUCAUUCCAGUCCGGCUACAAUUCCGAUACGGAUGUGAUUGAGCACAAAAAAUCACGCAUUUCCAAAGAUGAUUGGUACACAAAAGCGGCGAAUGGUGAAUACAAAGAUUUGGCUGACAUUCAAUCGAUGAUUAACGUUAGCUCAGCGGGCAGUGAACUGUUGCGUCAACUCGAUCAACCGAUGUCCUCGAUGGCAUCAUCAAAUGAACAACUCUAUUCGCGCGAAGAAGAAGAACAACAAGAUGCUUUCACCGCUGAAUUCCGCAAAAUGAAAUUGCGUGGCGAAUUCCCGUGCAAGCUAUGCACUGCGGUAUUUCCGAAUUUACGCGCACUCAAAGGUCACAAUCGCAUUCACUUGACGGCAGCUGGUGCGGGACCGAAUGCAGUAUUCCGUUGCAACAUGUGUCCGUAUUCGAUUCAUGACAAAGCCGCUUUAAUACGUCACAUGCGCACACACAACGGUGAUCGCCCAUAUGAAUGUGCCAUUUGCAAUUAUGCAUUCACCACCAAAGCCAACUGCGAACGACAUUUACGCAAUCGACAUGGAAAGAGCACACGCGAUGAGGUCAAACGUGCAAUUAUCUACCAUCCGUCAGAAGAUUCGAGUUGCGAUGAUCCGGUGAAGAAGAUGCAAAUCUUUAAUAUGUCAUUCGAAGAAGAUGAAUUACCGCCUAAAGAUCGCUCAACACCAGUUUCGCUCAUCAAGGAUUCGCCCAAUUCAAGUGCUGAAAAGGUGGCAAAGAUCCAAGUCAAGAGCAUCGAUCAAUUGACCCAGUACAAGAAUCAAGUCACCGAUUUGAGUGAAAAUGAAACGAAACCGAUCAAAUUGACCGACACAAAGCCAAUGGAUCUGUCGAUGGACGUAUUGGAUUUGAGCAAAAAGAAUGCCAGCGAUCUGUUGUCAGCACCCGAUAUGUCAUUGUUUGAGAAAAAUCAGCAAUUGUUUCUGGCCCAACAGAAACUUCUCAGCGAAGCAUUGCCACAAAUUGAUCCAGCUCAUUAUUUCCAGUUGUCACAGUUGUAUCGUAAUCUAGUGUUCCCAACGACUGGACUUCCUUUGCAUCCAUUUUUUUUGCAAAAUCAACUGUUGGCCCAAUUGCCGACGCCAAAUUUCAACGAAUUGAAAAAUCUCAUGAAAAACGAUGUGCUCUCAACGCCAACCAACAACAUGUACCCGAACGGCAUGUUCAUCAAUCCAAUCUUUCCAACGCCGCCAAAUAUGCCGCAAGCCAAUUUCCCCACAUCGACUCUGCUACAGGAAGCUUUGAAACAGGAAUCACCGCCACAACGAAAUGCAACGCCACCAGCCGUUCAAUUGCCACUCACUCCGCAAACACCACGCUCUUCCAGAGGAGUUCAAAUGCCACAAAGGCCACAACCGAUGCCGCGCAUCUCAAGCCCGGGCCCCGUUAAAAUGGUCAUCAAAAAUGGUGUUCUCAUGCCAAAGCAAAAACAACGUCGCUAUCGCACUGAACGACCAUUCGCCUGCGAUCAUUGCUCAGCCCGGUUCACAUUGCGAUCGAACAUGGAACGUCAUAUCAAGCAACAGCAUCCACAAUUUUGGGCUCAGCGUCAACGUAGCGGCCAUAAUUUUAUACGCCGUAGCAGCAACACCAGUCUCACACCGACCUCGUCGAUGCAAAAUCAAGAUUUGUCUAGCUCAAGUUUGAUGGAAAACAAAAAUGCAUUCAACGCCAUUUCGGAUCAGGUGAAAUUCGCAAUCCUUGCUCAACAGCUCAAGAGCCGAUCCAACAAAAGCUUCGAUUCGAUGGAAGAACAAGACGAAAAUGAUGAAGACGCUGAAAAUUACAAGGAUGACAUGGAUGAACCGAAACUAUUCAUCGAUGAAGACGAUGAUUCUGAGCCAAGAGAUUUAUCGCACAAGAAUAUCAAACGUUCACUUUCACCGAUCGACAACAAUGCAGUGGCAAAGAAAAUCGCAAAGAAUAUUUUGCUCGAGGCAAUUAACGCAGAAUCACAUACCACCGAAAAAAUGGAUAUCCGUUCGAAAGCUUCGAAGGAAAGCUAUGAAAAUCGCUCACGCAAAUCAUCGAAAGACGAAAACGAUCUGGUUUCGGUUUCAACACUCGUCGACAAUGCAACCAAUUCGGUUGGUUUGGGUAAAUACUUCAAUGCCGACUGUCAAUCGAAUGAACACAGCGAUGAAGAGGGUUUAGUUGCUUCGGGAAGCACAUCUGAAGGCAAUAAUUCGGGCACUGAAGAUCCAAACCCGAAUCCAGCGGAAGGAAAGAAGAAAUCGGCCUACAGUUUGGCUCCGAAUCGUGUUUCGUGCCCAUACUGUCAACGCAUGUUCCCUUGGUCGAGCUCAUUGCGUCGUCACAUUCUCACUCACACCGGGCAAAAGCCAUUCAAGUGUUCACAAUGUCCGUUGCUCUUCACCACCAAGAGUAACUGCGAUCGUCAUUUGCUUCGUAAACACGGUGACGUUGAUUCGGCCGUUUCAUUGUACGUUCCCAUUGAAGACAUUCCCGAUCCAAUAACGAAGCCAGUACGUUCGCCAUCGCCACCGCCACCACCAGCAAAGUCAAUCAUUCCGACUCAGCCGAUUUUGCCACAAAUUCAAUUGAACAUUCCACCAUUGAAGAACGACAUUUCGGCCGGAUCCAACAGCGAUUUACCAUUCAAGUGUCACUUGUGCGAUGGAUCGUUUGGAGAUCGCUUCUCGUGUUUGGACCACAUCAAAGUGUAUCAUUCGCAAGAGUUUGCAUUGUUAUUGGCAAAAGGUGCCAUUGAGCCCGAAGACGAUGUGCAGGAAAUUCAAGCCGUUUCAGCCGAAGAUGAGAAAGAGCAAAAUGAAAAUGGUGGCCGUGGCAAAUAUCCAGAUUAUGCAAAUCGCAAAGUGAUUUGUGCAUUCUGUGUGCGCCGUUUUUGGUCAACGGAAGAUUUGCGUCGUCAUAUGCGCACUCAUUCGGGUGAACGUCCAUUCCAAUGCGGCAUUUGCAUGCGCAAAUUCACACUAAAGCACAGCAUGCUGCGUCAUCAGAAGAAACAUGCCAACAGUUUGAAUUCGAAUCAUCAUCACAGUGCAUCCGAUUUAUCGGAUGACGAACAGCAACUGUCAAGCACACCACCACCCAUGCCAAAAAUUGCACCCGAAAAAAUGGCAUCACUUGCCGACGCUCUAUUGAAAACGCAAAAUCUUUCCGAAUUAAUUGCAAAGAAAUUCCUAAUGAACAGAGCAUUGGGAGAGCGCGACGAUGGAGACAACCGACGAGCCACCGGAUCAACAGAAGGUGGCCUUGACAGCGAAGAAACAUCUGAAUUGAUUGGAAAUCUAUUGGGCAUCAGCGAUUCAAGCAUCCUAAACAAAGUCCUCUUGUCAUCAGCCGACGAAGCAGCCAAAUUGCUCGGAGUCGAAAAGUAAAUUUUUGAUUCAAAACCAAGAAAGAAGAACACAUUCAAUUUUCACAGAUUUUUUGCAUAUUUCUAGUCGUUCAUCGAAACGAGUGUAGGGAAACGACAUGUAGCAAGAAAAGAAUAAUAAAUACCAAAUACAUAUUGAAACAGUCUUAGAAUUUUUUCCAAAAAAAAAAAAACACAAAAACAUAUACGAAACUGAAAAUCAAUGGAAUUUCACAAAGAAAAAGAAUAAAACCAAAAGUUACGGAUACGCCUAUAACCAAACCACCACAUAUCGAGUUUAUUAAAUUUUACAUUGAAAAUUUUUUAAACAAUUUUAACCGAUAUGUGCCUUGACAAUUUGAAUUGAAGCGCCUUUUACCAAGUAAUGGAAAACAUUUACAAAUGUGUCUUGAAUAAACAUGUUCAUUAGACGAAACAAACAUUUAAAUUAUAUCACCGUAGCAAAAUAAGUAGGGUUCGAUGUUAGAUUUUCUGAUGAGUGGACACAAUAAUGGAGAUUAACUCUCAACAUUUUGAUGCAUGUUCUCGUUUACGUUUCUUCUCCAGCAUGUAAAUAUUUUUAAGAAGAUUAUGUAAAACGCCAUAAUUUAAACGAAAUGAAGAUGCCUAAAUUUUACAAGAUUUGUUUUUUUUUUUUAAAUCAUAAACUUGAAAUGUUUUAAAUUUUUUUUCUAAUUUAUUCCAUUUGAUUUUGAAGAAAACUAUUAAACAAUUUUAGAUUUUAGAUUGAAAUUGAUUUCGAACGAAAAUGGUACUGUUAUCACAGACACUUAGUUAAGUUUUUAAGAUGAUGGCUUUUAAAUAACGGAACAAACAGCUGACAAAAAUUUAAAGAAAAAUGAACAAUGAAUGUGUCUGAAAACCAAUUUGAUGAAAAAAAAAAACAAAAUAUGACAAUUUAAAAUUGUGUGGCCUUUACAAUGCAGUGGCUUACAAAUGUUCCGUAGUUGGCGCAUUAGAGCAUAAGCAAAAGACAUAUAUAAAAUAAUUUGAAACAAAACAUAAUCCAAGCAACAACAAUUUUUUAGAGAAUAAAGUCAACAUGAAAAUACAACGAUAUAAUUAUUGAAUGGCUUUUUUGCAUCGAAACGAGCUAACCACGAAAAGAGCAUCCCAUCAAUAGAAGAUGUUUUUUAAGACGAAAUGUGUGUAACAUUUUUUGCUUUUGUUUUCGUCUCAUUUCAAUUGAUAGAAGAAUAAGGGGUUGAAAACGAAAAUGAUGAACACAAAUCAUAUAAUAGUAGCCUAUCGUAAAUCGUUAAGAUAGCAAAAAGCAACCAGACAAAAACCUGUCAAACAACUGUUGUGUCGAUUGUCGUCGCGCAUAUACAAACACCAUAUAAUUUUUUCCCCUUUCAUUUUACAUUUCUUUCGUCCCAUUUUGUCGAUUCACGG